ACAUUAAAAAUCCAUGAAAUAUUUGCUUUUGGGUCAAAAACAUAAAAAUAAACUCUAGGUCGGUAUUAGGGGGAAUGUGAUAUUCAGCCGUCUCAAAUACACAGUGAAAAUUCUCUUCCAAACCCAACAGUAUGCAGGACCUGUAUGUCCUUCCCAUAAACACACGAGAAAGAGGAAGAGAAACUUUGGCAUACGGUAGCAUGAAUGCCAUUACAGGCACUGUUCUGAUAACAACGGCUGACAGCAGAAGCUCCUAAACGCAAACAUUUAUUUAACUCGUUCUAAAUCACAGGAAAUCAUCUUCCAUCUCCAGGAAACUCUGUAAACACUCCACAUGAGUCUUACAGGCAUCAUGACUCUCCUUUAUAUUUCCAUCUUAUGUUUCGCUGCCUGUGUGGGCUCCAUCAGUGCAGAUGAUCACGUUACUGUAUCAGCUAAAGUGGGUUCCACAGUCGCCCUUCCGUGUAAACUGAAGAAUGUGUUCACAGAAACAUCACUGAUUCGGUGGAAGUUCGGUGAUGCGGUUGUGUUUGAGCGAAGCAGUGAGGGUACAGAUGCAGGUCCAGGAUAUGAGGGACGUGUGGAUGUUCCUGAGGAUGAGCUGCUUAAAGGAAACUGUUCUCUGGUGUUGAAGAACGUCAGAAUCACUGAUGAUGGUGUCUACAGAUCUUUUGUGAUGGAACACGUGGACAGAAUUAAAGCACCCCCAGCACAAGAACUCAGCAGGGUUAAACUCUCAGUUGACCCGCAGAUCAUAUCAGCUCGAGUGGGUUCCACAGUUGUCCUGCCGUGUGAAUGGAGAGAUCCGUCCAUCCAAACACCUGAUGUUGAGUGGUAUAUCGAUUCUAAGGUGGUGUUUGAGCGAAAGGGUAAAGAGCCAUUUCCAGGUGAAGGAUAUGAGGGUCGUGUGGACGUUCCUGAGGACGAGCUGCUUAAAGGAAACUGUUCUCUGGUGCUGAGGAACGUCAGUGUUACUGAUGAAGCCAUCUAUAAAGGCUCCAUGCUCGUGGAACACACAAAGGAACAGGUCUUGAUCCAGAAAGUUAGACUCUCAGUCUUUGUUAAUGAUGCCAAUAAGGAGAUUGGUGCUGUAUCUGAGGGCUCGGAUUCACAGCAGUCUGAAAGGAAUAGAACCUUCUGGAUUCCAAUUAUGAUCGUAAUGUGUGUUUGUGCCAUCUCUGUCCUGAUACGUGUGUUCUGCAGCAGGGUGCACGGAAAAUCAGGAUCAUCAUGCGGCUGCUACAAGCACACCACUGACGAUUCACCGACUGAAAAGGAUGAAAAAAUUAAUAAUGCCAGUGUUCAGUGCAAACGAAGGUUCAGACCAUCUGCUGAGAAAAAUACAACAUCAGAUUUGGACAGUGUGACCUACGCAACAGUCGACUCACAGCCACAGAGACAAUGACCAGCAAAAGUGGCAGUUCUGAGGUUCAGAUCCCUUUGUGAUCAACAGGAGGUCAUGAUGAUCGAUUCUCUUCAUUGGAUUGCAUAAGAUGGACCAAACCACUGUUCAUAUUUUCAUGCACAUUUUUGUUACAACACUACUUGAUCAUAGAUAAUUAAGUGCAAGGUAUCCCCGUAGAUUUUCAAAUCUAUCGUAUACCUAAGGAAUCUAUAACAAAACAGUUUAACUUGCAUGCUGAACUUUAAGGUGAAAUUUCAAAUGUGUUUACAUUAAUACUAUUUAGGUCAGAAAUCAUUGAAGCACUGUUAAAAUCUAUCCUCUAAUCAUGUAUCUAAAACCUCUCAGAGACCCUGAAAAUGCACCUGAGAGCAUCUAUUUUCAAAAAAUUUUCCAGGUGGGGCAUGCCCCCGCACCCCCCUAGUUUCACUUCGCGGCGUUGGCGCUCAAUUGUCUGUGUUUUAUCAUGCCAGAAUUUAGGGCUUUAAUUUUUUUCUGGGGAAAACACUGAUGUAUACAUACAUACAUACAUACAUACAUACAUACAUACAUACAUACACACAAAAAUAUAUACAUGUAUACACACACAUACACACAGUGGAUAUAAAACAUGUACACACCCUGUUAAAAUGAUUAGUUUUUCUGAUGUAAAAAAAAAAAUGAGACCACGAUAAAUAAUUUUGAAAUAUUUCCCACCUUUAAUGUGACCUAUAACCUCUACAAUUCAAUUGAAAAACAAACAAAUCUGUUAGGGGGAAAAACAUAAAAAAAUAAAAACCUACAAUAAGCUGGUUGCAUAAGUGUGCACACCCUUAAACUAAUACUUUGUUUAAGCACCUUUUGAUUUAAUUACAGCAUUCAGACUUUUUGGGUUCACACCUGCCAUCAAUUAAAAUGAUAGUGAUGAACCCCAAAUAAAGUUCAGACAUUUAUUCAGUUGCAUCCCAGGCCUAGACAUUAAGCAUUUAUCAUUGGUCCAGUGGAAUUGAAAAGUUACUGUCCCAAAUGGAAAAUGUGGUGGCCCAAAUGAGCGCGGUACCCGAACCACGGCUGCCACAGGCAGCCGCUGCAAGCACCAUAAGUGCUUGCACAAAGAGGGGGGUCCGGGGGCCCUCCCCUGGAAAAUUUUGAUUUUUCAAUUCAUAUUCGUGCAUUCUGGUGCAUUUUAAGGUGAAAUUAAUGAAAAUAAGAUUAUUCAUAUUUUGUUAACAUUAUUACAUCUUUGUUUGUUCACAUUGAUAU